AUGUCACAAACAAAUUCAUUUAUGCAUUUGGUGAGACCAAAUGUUAUAGCACCAGCUGCUGGAUCUGCCAAUGGACCAGCUAGUAUAAAGAUUCAUGCUCCAGCAAUGUUGACCAUUUUAGAAAUCAUCUCACAACAAGUUUUAAAUAAACGAAUCAUUGGUACAUUAUUAGGAUCUCGAUCUGACGAUGGAUUAGAAAUGGAAAUUAAAGAUGGAUUUAUGGUUCCUAUUAAUGAAACUGGGGAUUCUAUUGCCAUUGAAGAUCAAGUUCAUAAAUCAUUAUAUCAAUUAUAUAAAAAAGCUCAUCCUAAAGAAACUGUUUUAGGAUGGUUUGGAAGUUCGAAUCAAAUAGAUGAUAUUACUAGUUUAAUUCAUGAUUUUUAUUCAAAAGGUGCUGAUAGAGCAUUCCCAUUCCCUGCUAUAUAUUUAAAUGUUGAAUUUUUAAAUGAACAAAAUCAAAUUAUUGAACCUAAAAUUACAACUUAUAUUGGUGCUGCUGUUGGUAAACCAGUUACUAAUGCCCAACAAAUUGGUUGGAAAACAACUAAUGUCAAUAAUUCAUACAUUUUCACUCCUAUUCCUAAUGAAGUUAUAAAUGCCACCAUUACUGAAAGAAUCGCUUUUAAAAACUUGAUUGAUGUGAAAAAUAAUCAUCAUCAAAAUGACACUACUGCUACUACUACUAAUAAUAACAAUAAUACUGACGAUUUAUCAUAUUUGAGUCAACAAUUGAAUAAAGCCAACAAUAAUGUUGCUCAAUUGUUAUCAUACAUUGAAAAUAAUGGUAAUAAAGACCAAGAUAUUGAUUUAUUAAGAUUAUUAAGUAAUCAAUUAUUGAAUAAACCAUCUAUUUUAACUAAUUUACCAGAAUUAGAAAAAUUAUUUAAAGAUCACAACCAAGAUGUUAUUAUGAUUGAAUAUUUGACUAAAGCCGUUAAAGACCAAAUUGAAUUAAAUGCUAGAUUGACCGCUUCUGCUGAAGCCGACAAAGCCCGUUAA